AUGAAGUGGCUGAGAGUAAUUUUCGUCCGGUGUGCUGACAUCACCGGCAGGAAAGGGGAUCUGAGAGGUUAUUCAACGAUCUACGUCGUUUGCACCAAGUUUUAAUCCCUGCUUUUUUUUUGCAUGUUCCUUACCGAUUCACGGUGGCCGCCCCCCGCCCUGAGUGCACUGAGCUGCGGUUGCCUAGGGCUGGAAGACUUUUAGACAUAAUCGCGAUCAGAUUUCUCUUUGACCCGGCGUUAACUGACAGGGGCACAACGUAGCUGAGAGAUGGAGCCCUGAAGGAGUCUCAGACUCUAUCCACGUGGUCUGGACUGAGUUCAUUGGCAUCAACAGUGAACGCCUUACAAGGAUUCAAGAAAUAAACGCACACAGUUGUUUCUUUUGUGAGAAUCUUGAAGGGAAGUGUGUCAUCAGACAAAGGAAAGCCUCUGAACUAAAUUCCCUGUUCUCCCCUCACCUACCACGACUCACAAAGAUGAUCAUCACCAUCUUGUCUGCAUGCCUCGGACUGCAUCUACUGUUGGGAUAUUGUCGAGGAGCUUUGGAGAUCCAAGUUCCCGAAUUUCCUGUGAUUGCCAGAUAUGGGAAGGAUGUCACCCUGAACUGCUCUUUCACAGCAGAGGGCAACUUUUCCCUCAGUGACCUCAGUGUCAUAUGGCAGCUGACCGAGACUCGAACCAUGGUGCACACCUUCUCCCACCAACAGAACACGCAGAGCGACCAGGAAGACAGCUUUGUGAACAGGACAGCCCUCUUCCUGGAGGAGCUGGACAAAGGGAAUGCCUCCUUACUCCUGAGGCACGUGAGGAUUGAGGAUGAAGGCAGCUUCACCUGCUUUGUUCGAAUUAAAGACCACAACAGCGCUCCCAUCAUGCUCCAACUCGCAGCCUCUUACUCCAAGCCCAACCUUCAACUGGAGCCCCGCAAAGAUCUGAAGCCUGGUGAUGAGGUGGCCAUCGCUUGCCAUUCCUCAGGGGGAUACCCGCCGGCAACGGUCCAGUGGCUCGAUGGGAAAGGGAGCAACAUCACUGAGAACAUCACGACGUCGCAGGUGGCCAAUGAGGAGGGCCUGUUUGAAGUGCACAGUGUGAUCCGGGUGAUACUGGAGCCAAACAGCACGUAUAGUUGCAUGGUGAGGAAUGAGCUGCUGAACGAGGAGUCAUUGACUUCGGCUACUAUUACAGGGCAGCACCUGAAAUUCCCAGCCGUUGCUUUAUGGCUGACGAUUGGACUCUCUGUGUGUCUGCUGGCAUUGCUGGGUGCCCUGGGCUAUGUGUGCAGGCGGAAGAUACAGCAGAGUUGCAAGGAGAAUGAGGGAGAGCAUGGUGUGGAAGAGGAUGCGGAAGCAAGGACAGCAAUGAAGCCCUUGGAAAGUACUGAAGACAAAGCAGAAGAGGAGGUACUUGAAUAAUACCAACGAAAACCUGAACCAAGCAGGAGCCACACCACAAGUGUUUUCACCGUUUAGCUGCCUUACUCAUGGUUGUGACCAUUGAAAACAUCUUAGCUGACAGGACCCAAGGCUGAGAUUGACUGAACGGCCAGACGCGAAUGUUUUGAGCUGAAUUCUUGAUCUUUUGCUUGUUUAGCCAAACUGUUUAUUCCAUUAUCCUGAGAUUUGCUGCAGGUGCCACUGUUUAAAAGCCAACAUGCUAUAUAGCAUUGAGAGUGUGGAUAAUUACACUUCUUUAUGGAUUUAACCUAAUCCUUGACAUCUUGUCCAGCUUAACGUCUGAAGAACAAAGAUCACCAUUAAGAAUGUUGAACAGUGUGAAUAUGAAUGAUAUUUGUGUGUGUAGAAUUGAACUGACUUUUUCCCAGGGUUGUGUUUUGAUUUAAUAUCUGUUGAACAGUGUGAUGUAUACACAGCCGGCUGUUGGCUACCUGUAAAACAUCUGAUACCCCUUGCAAUCAUAAUUAGUCAUUCCAGUUGUUAAGCAGUGGCUUUGUUUGCUGCCAGGUUGUUAGAAAACCUUUACAUUGUUUUAAUCUCUACUUUGCAAAACUUUUUUUCAUAGUAAUGCUCAUUAACGGCUUACUAGACCAGUUACAAAAUGCCAUGUAAUAAUAGUAUGUUUUCAGGGAAGAGGAAAAUCUCUGAUUGGCUACUUGAUAAAGGAACAGAGUCACAUUUAGCAUAUUAAAUUAUUCCUAUUAAUUUUUCAUCUGUUAAUUUAUCUGGAUGGAAAAUCUAAAGCUGCUGUCUCCAGUUUCCUAGUUCGUGUUUCUUAGAAGGUUUGGAUGUCACUGAUAGUACCUACAUGAAUAGCCCUCGCUGUAUUGUCUUCAAAUAGACUGCACUGCAAGACAUCAGCACCUUUAGCUGGAGUAGGCUGCAUAGUCUCAUAAGACCACUCUGCCAUUUAAAAGAUCAUGACUCUCUGAAAGUAUUCCCUUUGGUUCUAAAUACCGCCCAGGUGAAACAGCCUUUCAGCGUCUUUUGGCAAAACCUUUUCAAUUAAAUCAUCUCUUGUUUUUAUGUGUAAUUCAUAGACCCAACCUGCUCUCAUUUUUUCAUCCAAGGAAAUAAUCUCGUGAACUUUCUGUGAGCUGACUUUUGUUUCCCCAAACAAGAAGACCAGAUUUGUUGGUAGUACACCAGGCAUUGUCUCACCCACAUCUCGUACAGUUGCAGCAGGGUGUCCUUUAUUUCAAAAAAAUUGGUAUGCAUUUGCUCCUUAGUGCAGUGAAACUAAAUCAUAAAUUUGAAAAUUCAAAUCUUGUGACUUAAAUGCACAGGUUAAUGCUUUCACCUGUGUUGCAUCUGUUUUAUAAACGGGAAAAAUUUUUGACUUAAACAUUUGUGGCUAGGGACCCUACCUCUCAAGAAAUGACUAGAAAUACUAAGAUAAAACCACAAGAUAUGAGUCAGAAUUGGGACAUUCGGCUCAUUGUCCGCCCCACAUUUUAUCCCUCUCAAUGUCGUUCUUCUGCCUUCUCCCUGUGAUCUUUGACACCCUGACUAAUCAAUACCAAUCAACCUCUGCUUCAAAGAUACCCAAUGACUUGGCUUCCACAGCUGCCCGUGGCAAUGAAUUCCACAGAUUCACCACCCUCUGGCUAAAGACAUUCCUUCUCAUCUCUGUUCUAAAGGGAUGUCUUUCUAGUCUGAGGCUGUGUCCUCUGGGAUUAAUGUUUCUGGUCAAUAUUCAGUUAAAGGAUUGGAAGGGUUUGGAGGAGUAUGGGUAAUAUGUGAACAAAUAGGACUAUCUUAGAUGGUCAUCUUGCCUGGUGUGAACAAAGGUCUGUUUCUGUGCGGUAUGACUGCAAUUUCAAUCAAGUGCACAAAUUUCCGAUGGACUCUUCAGAUGUAGAACUAGCUACCCACAUGGAAAAUGUCAAAAGGUCAUCCCUUCAGUACAAAAUCUUAUCAAAAUAUCUUAGACUAAAGAAAAGCCACAUGACCUCAAUCAGAGUUGUUUUGAGUUCAUUUUCUAUGGUGCUGGAAAGGGAUUGGGUUAGAAGUGCACUGGCUACUUGCAAUAUUCAUGUAGAGCAGGGGUGGCCAACCUUUUACAUUCCAAGCGUCAACUUUUUCACUCACGAGUUCAGAUGCACCAUACAACUCUUGUACCCCCAUUCAAUUCUUGUAAAACUAUGUUAAUAUAGAACUCGUGCGUGAAGAAAAUCGCAUCUGAACUUGUGCGUGAAAAAAUUGACGCAUGGAAUGUAAGAGGUUGGCCACCCCUGAUGUAGAGGUUUUCAAUUCUAAAAUUGUUCUGUGAUGUCAAUGAAAUCAAAUUACAAAGUUCAGUCAACAGUCCCACAAUCCAGCAUAUUUUGAUUCUGUAGUUCAGAGCUCAAGAAGUGGAUUAGCCAGGAGGGGCUAUGAAAUGUCUGUGGCAUGUUGGAUUAAAGAAAAUCCCAGCGCAUUCUAGACAUACAAAAAGAGCAAAAGGAUAACUAGGGAAAUGGUAGGACCAGUCAAAACUAAAAGAGGGAACAUGUGCUUGGAGGCAGAUAAUGUAGGCAUGGUCCUUUGGGUACUUUUCAUCAGUUUUUACCAAGGAUAGUGAAGUCAGUAUGGAGCAUGCUAAUAUGCUGGGGAAUUUUGGAGAAAAUGAAAGGGGUAGUGUCAGGUCUCUUGGGAUUUUUCUAAGUGCUGGAAUCUGAGAGGAGCCUUUAUGGAAGAUUAUAAGAUUAUGAGGUGCAUAGGUAGAGUAGAUAGCUGCUAUCUUUCUUCCCAGGGUCAAAAUGUUUCUCACUCGAGGGCACGCAUUUAAGGUGAGAGGGGGUAGGUUCAGCGGAGAUGUAUGGUACAAGUUUUUUACAGUUGAAUGGCUGUCGUCAGGCAUGUGCUUCCAGGGGUGUGAGUAGAGGCAAGUAUGAUAGAGAUAUUUAAGAUCUAGUGGGGAGGGAGGAUAUUGACAUAGUGUAAGCAGGAGAGAUUAUUUUAGCUACUCUUAUAAUUCCUAGUCCAAUUAGUUUAUUACAACAUCAUGAGCCAAAGGGAAUGUUCCUGUGCUGUCUGUUCUAUGUUCUAUGUUCAGAUCUGUACUAAUUAACUAAUUCUAACUGAUAUUUAAAACGAAAUAAGCUUUGUACUAAUCUAGCUAAUUUACCUAUCUGUACAACUUUUGUUAUCUCAGCUAACAGUAUUUUAGAAUUAGCAAACCUUUGGCCUACAAACAAUUCUUGGAACUCUUAAUCAAGAUUCAAGAUUGUUUGUUGUCAUCCUUCAGUACACAAGUGAAAGGAGGACAAAAAGAUUGUUACUCUGGGUCAGAUAGAGCAUCUAAAAAUCACAAUAAGUACAAAGAAAACAAUAAAAAGUGCAAAAUAAGGAUAAAAGCAAUCCACAUUGUACAAGUAAUUGUGUGAGUGAUUAUGAAGAAACCAUCCAAAUGCUUGUUUUGUAGAUACUGUAAAUCUCUCCCAGUAUAUCCUGGGUGUUAGUGUUCAGGAGGGAAAGUAGUCUGUCCAGCAGUUAA